AUGGAAGUGGAUGACUUAGAGAAUAACCUUGACAACACUGAAAUUGAUUUCUUUGAUGAGAUAGCAGUGGGGUUCAUUUUUGGAACAGAAGAUUUAGGGGAUUUGCUGAAUGAGUUAGCGGUCCACCUAAAAGGAACGAAUGAGCGGAAAGAGUGGAAUAAGAUCGAGGGAUUUUCUGAGUUUUCAGAGGCCCAACCACCUGUGGGUGUGCAAUUGGUCGUGACAUUGGUCGUGACAUUGGAUAGGAUGUUGAAGGUGCUCAACUCUCUGAAACCCCAGUAUCUCCUGUGGUCUACAGCUGGGCGACGAGCGAUGCACACUAAGGAGAUGGCGAAAAAAGGUUUUCAUGAAUGCAUAGGCUUUAUCGAUGGGACGACGCUCCCUCUUUCCCGUCGUCCAGAGUAUAUGGGCGACUUUUACGAUGAUUGCCAUGGGAACUAUUCGCUGAACCUUCAGGCUGUUUGUGAUAUGAACCGUGAUUCAACACCCUUUUCAGUUGUUGUUUUGUCAAGUGAUACAGUUGGUGAUCUCAAAGAAGCAAUCAAAAAGAAAAAAGAAAAUGAUGCCGACAAAUUGAAUAUCUGGCAUGCUGCCAUCGUAAUCACAGAUGAUGAGGACGGGAAAACUAUUACACUUUCAAAACACCCAAAUGCAAAAAAGCUUCGUCCAACAAGCAACAUGUUAAAGGUAUUUGGCACAUCACCUCUGCCUGAGGAGACUAUCAACGUCAUUGUUGAACGGCCAGUAGUGUCAGUGAUGCCAGAGGUUGCCGUACUUCGAAAGAUGCUCUCUGACUUGACUUGCUUCCUUGAUGGUCCCACCAAGACAUCAAAAAAGCUCGCCUUGGAACUUUACGAUGGGCCUUUAUCGACAUCAAAGACAUUUGACGAAGUAUGUGCAGAGUACAACCUAUGUGACAGCAGUAAGCCGACAAUAGCAGAUCUACCUUAUUUCGUAGGUAUUGAGGCAGCUCCUCUAGAAUCUGAAAAAGCCAUGCCACUCAAGGACGAACUCAUCCAAGAGCUCAAGAAACGACCAAAUACCAUGAAGGAUAUUUAUGCCAAUGAGGCGUCUCGUUCUCUUAUCAGCAAGAAAUACAAGGACGUCGCGGCCAUGGUCCAGUCGACUACUCAGUACAUGCCAGGAAAUCUUACCACACCAAUGAGUAUACUUUGGGAGUCACCGAGGUGA